GGUCUAGAGCCCGGAUACCCUUAAUCAGGCUGUGCCACCUACAGGUGACUUUCUAGGACGCCCCUGAUUGUGCCGCACCCCUCCUUGAACACUGCAUGGCUCUCUGAGGCCCGGAGCAGUGCAGCCAAGGCCAGCGGCCAGCGAGAGCCGCCUCCUGCCGUCUGUGAAGUGGGGCCAGCACUGCUCGUCUACCUCCUGGCCGUUGGGUGGUCAGGCCUGGGUGGAAGGGACCGUGCGUAGCGUGGAUGUUGCCCAUGGAAAGCGCUCAGCAUAGGAAGACAGUUGCUGUUGUUUGCCAUCAGAUUGCCAACCCAUACCAACCGAAAGUUGAAGGAGAGAUUUUUUGGCCCGCUGAGACUGCAUAACCAUCUGCCAUAAAUUGAGACUAGUACGGCUUAUUUUGGUGAAUGCAAAAUUGGAUCCCAUUCUUUACUCUGUGGCUUGAUUCAACUUCCAGAUGGUUAAUCCACAUGAAGUAAUAGGAAUGCACCACAGCUCUGCUUAGCUGAAGAUGGAGACGUAAUAUUUAUUUGCUGAUGUGGAGGCCUCCGAACGCUGCCCUGUCGGGAUGUCAGUAUAUAACACAGCAGCACAAAAAUGUCAGCCUGUUUCAUGGGAGUGGCAGCCUUCCUCCGAGUUGCCACGGGGGACCCCCGGAUGUCUUUUUUUUUUUUUUUUUGGUCUGCCCUUGACCUAAUCUCAAGAGGUUUUGUUCUCUCCUGGGCUGUUUCUUAUCAGCUACGUCUGCCCGUGUAGCCGGCUUCGCAUCUGCUUUGACUUUAGUGCCUGUGACAUUUUCAUUAAUAUUUCUUCAAGGUUGAGCCUUUCCUUCAAAUAUCUUGCAGCUCACAGAAGCCGUAGCUCAGCUGUGCCCAGCUAGGGGCCGCUGGGAAAUUUGGCUCAGCAGUAUCAACAAGCUCAGUCAUCUCCGCCCAGUUGGGCUAAUCAAUCCAUUUUCAUUUUUGCUUCUCCCCACUCUAGCCUGCCACGCUGGGAAUGCUCUGAAGGAGAUCUAGGUCAGCAGAUUCGGGGUGCUUUGACCCCACUGGCACUUUUACUCCCAGGGGUCUUGACUGCCCCCGCUGCCUGGAUCACCCCCCCCCUCCCCGCCGCCCCUGCCAGCCAAACUUGCCCUUGUAAACUCCCCACCUACUCUACCUCUGGACUUCAGAGGUGGGCCACGUUACCCCACCUAUCCCAGGGAGGACUGGGGCUCAGGGCUUCCUGUCAGCUCCCACGAGACCCUGUGCAACACCUGCGUUUGAAUCACUUGGGGAGUGUUUUAAAAAUGCAUACUCCUGGGUCAUGGGAGACCAACCAUCCCAGUUUGCUCAGAACUGUCCUGGUUUUAGAACUGGAGUCCUGUGUCCCAGAGAACCCCUAAGGUCUGGGCAAAAGGGGACAGUUGGUCACCCUACUUGGCUCUACUCCAGACCUGCAGAAGGAGAACCCCUGAGGGCUCAGGCCUAGGGUUCUGCAUUUUGAUCAGUUUCCAGCAGAGACGCUGGCGCACAAUUGAACUUGGGAACCGUAGCUGGAAGCCUCAAGUGCCCACAGAGCCCAUGCUCUCUCCCUCGUGUGCCCAGCAGAGAUUGGAUGUAUAGGACAUUUUGCAUGAAUUUAGCACCAAACGCCAUCAUCGUUUACUUCUGUAGAGUGUUUGCUUCCCCGCCGACAGUGAGACCCUCCAGAGAAGAAAGAGGCUCUGCCCCGUUCACUUUUGAAUUCUUAGUUCCCAGCUCUGUGCCUGGCCCGCAAUCGACACUCCAAACAGACUGGAGGAAUAAUUAGAUACAAGCAAAUAUUCAUGGUAGGGAAAGUGACCCAGACCUGUUUCCCACAUACUUUUCCAACGUUCUGGGGUGGACUCGAUUAGAAAUUAGAUCAAGGAAAUUCUAGUUAGGGCAGGAAUUAGAUCUAGGAUAUUUUUUAAAGGAAGAAAAACCUUGGAAGUCCCAAGAUGGAACAAAUAAGAAAUUAGAUCUAAGAAAUUCUAAAAUGGAAUGGACAGGAACUGCGAAUGUUCUACGAUGGAAUCGUUCUUUCUUCCUUGAUCGUCCCGGGAGCUUCUGCAGGCAGAAAGUACAAGAGGCCAGAUGCCUUGUACCUGAUUAUCACAGCUCAACAUCCCUUAGUGCCUUCAAAUGUUGGAAGUCUGCAGCUCCCCAAAUAAUCAUAGCUGUGCAUGAAGACGGACUCAAGUAUGAGUUCUCCAGGCUGGGUAGGGGGGGACCAGGAAGCCCAGAAAACAAGCUGGGCCAAGGGUAAAGGAGUGGGAGCCAGUGUCUGGCCCCGGCAGGAUCUCAGCACCAGGAUCCUUCGCUUCUCAACUGGCAGAGCUCAGCCAGGUGAUACUCCUGUCACCUGAGUGCAACCCCCAGCUUUAUUCUAAGUGAUCAGAUCUCGCCACCUCAUCUGUAUGAUGAGGAUGGAAAGACUCUCCUCUGGAUUGUGGUGCAAACAUAAAGGAUUAUUUGCAUGGGUUUGCAUUGCAUGUCUGUGAAAACACUGCCCUUGGCUCAGGGUCCUGGUCUCACACCCUGCUCGCGAUCAUCAGGUUGGCAAGAGGGAGCAGAUGCAAGGAAUAGAGUCUGCGACUGCAAAAAGAGCUGGGUGCUCCUUAAGGGAUCGAACCCACAGGAUUUAGUGGCCAUCAGCACGCUUGCUCGAAGGCAUCAUCUAAGGCCCCAGUGAUAGGCUGUGGAAGGAAGCAGGAGACCUGGCUCAACACCCCCACUCCCUGACUGGGUCAAGUGCGCCUCUUACUCCCUACUUGAGAUCGUGUAGGCUCCACCUUCAGAAUAGGUCCAGAAUCCGAUCGUCCCUUCUGACUGUGUCCACCACAACAAUCCUGACCCUGUCUAGCCACCAUCCUUUCUUCCUGGGUGGUGAAUCAAAACCUUCCUAACUGGCCCCUUCCCCUCCCACAGAGGAGCCAGAGGGUUUCACGUAAGUAUCAGACAGGUCACAUCCCUCCUCCUCUCAAAGCCCUGCCAUGUAACUCAGAUUACAGGUCUCCUUUACUGGGACCCCCACUCUGUCCCCUCCCCCUCUUAGGCCUCCUCUCCCUCACUCCCCUCCAGCCACGCUGGCCUCCUUCUGGCUGCUUCUCCAACACUCUCCAACACUCCAGGCAACUCGCCUCAGGGACUUUGCACCGGCUGUUCCUGAAGUCCAGAACAUGCUUCCACCAGAGCCCCUCACAGCUCCCUCCCUUGCCUCACCUGGAUGCUCCAGUGUUCCCUCUUCAAGGGGGUCUUCCCAGACCACCUCACAUAAAACCAGGCCCUCCGCCUAUCUGUCAGAGUUCCUUAUCCUUCACAGCACUUAUCGCUACUGCACGGUGCACGCAUGCACAUGCGUGUGUACUGCUGGUCUCUCCCAGUUGGACUGGAAGUUCCAAGAGAGUCAAUUUUUCCCUGUCCUCCGUUCCCAGAGCCAGGUGUGGUCUGCACUGGGUGCUCAGGAAGCAUGUGCAAGUGAGCCACUCUGACGUUUCUCCCAUGUUAGACCAGGCUGGCGACUCUCGGAGAACCACACGGUAGUUGCAAAGAUCACAAUAUAACCGAACAGGGCUGUCCAAACGUAAUGAUGGCCAUUAGCGUCUCUCUACCCCAGAGCGGCGAUUCUGGAGCAUUCUGUGUAAUUGGAGCACAAUUAAGCAUAUGGCAGUGUUUCCACCAGGCCGUACAUCUGAUUCUGAGCUUCCUCAACGUGGGCUCUGGUUUCUUUCUUUUUUUCCCUGUAACAACAAACCUGGAUCCACCAUCGGGCAGGCCCCGUGGUCUGGAUCACAAGGGAAUACUGGGGAAUGAGAUUCAUACUAACAGGAUUUAAUCCUGAGACAUUGGGCUAUAUAUCCAGUGGCGAUUUCCUGGAUUUUGCAGCCAACAUAAAUAACAGCCAGAGGAUUCCCGCUGUGUGCCGUGAGAUGCGUCCUGCUAAGCCGGGGCAGGAAGCUGCCCAGCCUGGGCUGUUAUUGAUGGACCAGGCAGGGCCUCCCGAUGGAAUCAGUGGAGGUGCACACGUCCCCUCCCCCCCAGUGCCAGACCCCUCACUGGCCUUGCUCAUUCUUCCAGGAGUGCCAGGCACUGUGUAAAGCAUUCUCGGGAUGGGAGGAGUUUAGAGACCGACGGCAGAGAUGAGAAUUAGGAAAUACAUUGGCACCCCAUUCAGCCACGCAGUGAAAUCCCUCUCCUGUACAUACGAGUCUACAGGUCCUGUCUUUCCAACUGGGCUGUGAACUUCCGGAGGGUGAGGUCUGCAUUUCAGGUGUCCAGGUCCUGGGAAGUUGGAAGUCAUCUGUGGUACCUCAUUUUUAUAGAAGAGAUAACUAAAGAAGGAAAAUGUAGGGCAGGGUUAGAAAUAACUUGCAUCUCCAUCCAUGGGGAAGUGGACAGAUAACAUACGGGAUGGUCAUGCCCUGGAAUAUUAUAUAGUAGUUGGAAGGAGGAAGGAUGAAUCUCGAAAAUUAAUACUGAUGGGGAAAAGAAAAUUGCAAAUAAGCCACAGAAGAUGGUAUCUCUUACGUUCUUUUAAAAACCACCUACCCACCCAUUGUUAUUUGUUGUUCUUGGAUACAUAAAUAUGUACAUAAAGGGGUGGCAGGUGUCCUGGAACGAUGAAGCUACAUUAAAAACAUGGUGGCCCAUGUCCAUGGUAGCAGGGAGGGGAACACACUGGUGGGGAAAGUCUGGCCAGACUGAUGAUAAUAUCAAGCUCUCCUGGAUGAGUGUCCUUUAGGGAAUCUGUUAAUUCCCAUGCACCUGCCAGUCAAAAAUAAGUCAGUCGAGUCCUACAUUGGGUAUAGAGAUUACUUAAAAAAUAUAUCGCCAAAUAAGUAAGUCAGACUUUCAGUGUCUCCCAGCCUAUGGUGGUAUAGUCUAGGCCUGGGUCCCCUGAGCCUCAAUCUGCCUCUUUUGUGGGUUUUCAUUAACUACCUGCUCAAUUCAUACAACUUCUGCAUUCAUAAAACCGAUAUACUAGAAGAGCUUGCUUGGCCAAAAAAAAAAUAUUCUUUACUGAGUCCUGCAGAUAAAAAUCUACCUCCUAGUGCAUCCUCCCCUCUCCCCGUAACAGUCUGUUGCUCCCUUGAUUUGCAUGGAACACUGCAGCGUCUGCUUAUUCUUGCUGUUCUAUCUGUUGCUUUGGCUCUUCUGUCUGCUUGUUGUUGCCCCAGGAGUUUGAUCAGUUAUAGCACCCCAAGCCUUGGAGGUCUUUUCUCUUCCCCGACUCAAGUUUUUCCUCGGUUCUUGUUUUUUUUUUUUUUUCUUCUCUUUAUUCAAACCACGUGUCUUGAAUAGCUUCUCUGUGCCAUUAGCUCUACUGGGUGGGAUCCAAACAUCAAUACAAGAUCGUUCCUCCCUUCAAGGGGGAUUCAAAUGUAAUAUCCCCCCUUUCUUAGGCAGGUCAACAAGCGUCAGGCAAGGCCAGGGGUGGAGAAACAGAGAUGCCCACAGGGAGCGGUCCUCUGUUCCAAGCAGGAACUCUCAUAAAGGCCACUGACACUCAGGCAUGUAUGCAGAGGAGGGUGGGCAGAGGGGAGAGGGAAGUGGAAACUGGGUUUAUAAGAAGGCUGGAAGGGCCUGGAAGUCUACAUUCCAUUUCAGAGGCAGCGGAUAUCUCCUCCUGUCUGCAGCACUCAAGGACUAGUAAUGUGAGUUUGGGGGAAGGAGGGCCCCAGCUGGGAGUCCACACAGGUUGAGACAAUUAGGACGAUAAUUUGGGUUGAGUCAUCUUGGCAGAGGCCAGGAGGAAAGUGUUGGGUGGGUGGGGUCCCCAAUCAGCAUAAUUGCUCCAGACUUCUGCUUCUCCUUGACACAGCAAUAAAAUAAGUUAAUCCACGGCUUGAAAAGGGUUGAGUCUGCUCAUGCAACGUGGCAUUAACAGCAAAAUCUGCCCGAACCUGACACCAGGGUGACCUGGCAAGGACCCAGUCCUGGGGCAGGAGCAGAGAACAUGGCGGGCGGUGGGGGGUGGGGGAAUAGGCAUAUUAUAUCCCUGCCCGGAGCCUCAAUGCCCCAAUCAGGAAAACAGGAAUAAUGUCAUGUUCUGUCAAUUCUAAGAAAUCCUUCCCUCCCCACCCUGCAUUUUAAUAGCUCUAAAAUUGGGAUGUGGUUUACAACUGAUAAUGUCCUAGAUUUGGUGAAAUACGGUGCUAAGAAGAAAAAACUAGGAGAAUCAUUACAGUUUAUGGCAUGCUUACUCCGUGCCAGGCACUGUUUCCGGGAACUUUACGGUUUAAUCCUCUCAACGACCCUAUGAAACGAAUACUGAUUUCAUGCCCAUUUUAUGGAUGGAAAAACUGAGGUUUCAAGGAGAUUCAUAUGCCCUAGUGUCCAAAGCCCGUGAAUAACAGAUGCAAAGUCCUGUGAAGUGGCCUUUUGAUGCUCCCACGUGCACAUGUCAUUUGGAAUGAUAGCAUAUUUAUAUUUGCAGCCUGAUUGCAUAGUAGGUGCUUGAUUGUUUCUACCAUUCCAAGCUGCCCUCUGUUCGGACCAUAGCACUGCCAGCCAUGUGGAGGUCCAAAAAAUGGUUGCUGCCUGCCAGACCAGAUGGGUGAACAAACUUCCUGUAAUCGAUGUCCUGCAACAUGUCAUGGCCUGGCCCACCCCGGAGGUCACGUGCACACAGUGCAGUAGCUCUGCUCUCCAGCCAGAGAGAGAGACAGCGAGAGAGAGAACAUAGGCAGGGAGAGUGGGAGAGGGAGAAGCAAGCUUCCCACUGAGCAGACAGCCCGACGUGGGGCUCGAUCCCAGGACCCCGGGAUCAUGACCUGAGCCGAAGGCAGACGCUUAACGACUGAGCCACCCAGGCGCCCCGAGAGACUGGUUUCUUAAUUGAGCACCUGGAUACAGCCAUGCCUGAAGCUAAUGCAAUUAUCUCCGACCCCUCCGCGCAAACCCACCCGCGGCUGUGCCAACCGCCGGAGCAUGGGCCCCCCAACACGGCUCCCGGAGGCCCCGCGGCACCGCAAGAUGUGAGAGGCCCGGGUCCGGCAGAGCCAGAGCUUCGGGAGAGGAGCUGAUAGCCCCCAGCCUCCACACGCCAGGCGAGGUGGCGGUGCGCACUGCGCCCCCGCGGUGCUGAGCGUCCCGGAGCGCCCAACCCGGGGCCGGAACGUUUAGCUGGCCGGAGGCGCGCCGCGGAGAGCAGGCUGUCAUGCCCUAUUGAUCCCCCCGCCCCCUGCCAAGUAUGUUUGGGCUGGACCAAUUCGAGCCCCAGAUCAACAGCAGGAACGCUGGCCAGGGCGAGAGGAACUUUAACGAGGCCGGACUAAGCAUGAAUGCCCACUUUAAGGCCCCGGCUUUCCACGCGGGGGGACCCCCUGGCCCGGUGGACCCUGCCAUGAGCGCGCUGGGCGAGCCCCCGAUCUUGAGCAUGAACAUGGAGCCUUACGGCUUCCACGCGCGUGGCCACUCGGAGUUGCACGCGGGGGGGCUGCAGGCGCAGCCGGUGCACGGAUUCUUUGGAGGCCAGCAGCCGCACCACGGCCACCCGGGAGGCCACCACCCCCACCAACAUCACCCCCACUUUGGGGGCAACUUCGGCGGCCCGGACCCGGGGGCCUCAUGCCUGCACGGGGGUCGCCUACUUGGCUACGGCGGCGCCGCCGGCGGCCUGGGCAGCCAGCCGCCCUUCGCGGAGGGUUAUGACCACAUGGCGGAGAGCCAGGGGCCGGAGAGCUUCGGCCCGCAGCGACCCGGGAACCUCUCGGACUUCCACAGUUCGGGCGCCUCGGGUCAUGCGGUGCCUGCCCCGUGCUUGCCGCUGGACCAGAGCCCUAACCGAGCCGCCUCCUUUCACGGCCUGCCCGCCUCCAGCGGCUCCGAUUCCCACAGUCUGGAGCCCCGCAGGGUGGCCAACCAAGGGGCCGUCGACUCGCUGGAAUACAAUUACCCUGGCGAGGCGCCCUCGGGACAUUUCGACAUGUUUUCGCCCUCCGAUUCCGAGGGGCAGCUGCCUCAUUAUGCGGCGGGGCGCCAGGUUCCCGGGGGCUCGUUCCCCGGUGCGUCGGCCAUGCCCAGAGCUGCAGGCAUGGUGGGCUUGUCCAAAAUGCACGCCCAGCAGCCGCCGCCGCCGCAGCAACCGCAGCCUCAGCCGCCGCCGCAGCAGCACGGCGUGUUCUUCGAGAGGUUCGGCGGGGCCCGCAAGAUGCCCGUGGGGCUGGAGCCGGCAGUAGGCUCCAGGCACCCGCUAAUGCAGCCUCCCCAGCAGGCCCCGCCGCCCCCUCCGCAGCAGCCCCCGCAGCCGCCGCAGCAGCCCCAGCCCCAGCCGCAGCCGCAGCCGCCGCCGCCGCCGCCGCCGCCGCCGCCGCCGCCGCCCGGGCUUCUGGUCCGACAAAAUUCGUGCCCGCCUGCGCUCCCGCGGCCGCAGCAGGGCGAGGCGGGCACGCCCAGCGGCGGCCUGCAGGACGGGGGCCCCCUGCUGCCCAGCCAGCACGCCCAGUUCGAGUACCCCAUCCACCGGCUGGAGAACCGGAGCAUGCACCCGUAUUCGGAGCCCGUGUUCAACAUGCAGCACCCCCCUCCGCAGCAGGCGCCCAACCAGCGGCUGCAGCAUUUCGACGCGCCCCCCUACAUGAACGUGGCCAAGAGGCCGCGCUUUGACUUCCCGGGCAGCGCGGGAGUGGACCGCUGCGCUUCGUGGAACGGCGGCAUGCACAACGGCGCGCUGGACAACCACCUCUCGCCCUCCGCCUAUUCGGGCCUGCCCGGCGAGUUCACGCCGCCCGUGCCCGACAGCUUCCCCUCAGGGCCAGCCCUGCAGCAUCCGGCCCCGGACCACCAGUCCCUGCAGCCGCAGCCGCAACACCAGCAGCCCCAGCAGCAGCAGCGCCCAAACGCGGCCCUCAUGAUUAAGCAGAUGGCGUCGCGGAAUCAGCAGCAGCGCCUGCGCCAGCCCAACCUUGCCCAGCUAGGCCACCCCGGGGACGUGGGCCAGGGCGGCCUGGUACACAGCGGCCCGGUGGGCGGCUUGGCCCAGCCGAACUUUGAGCGCGAAAGCGCGGGCGCGGGGCGCCUGGGCACCUUCGAGCCGCCGGCGCCUCACUUGGCGCAGGAGAGCGCGUGGUUCCCAGGGCCGCACCCGCCGCCGGGGGACCUGCUGCCCCGCAGGAUGGGCGGCUCGGGCCUGCCGGCUGACUGCGGCCCGCACGACCCGGGCCUGGCGCCGCCCCCUCCCCCCGGGGGCUCGGGCGUGCUGUUCCGUGGCCCUCUGCAGGAGCCGCUGAGGAUGCCCGGAGAGGGCCACGUGCCCGCGCUGCCCUCCCCCGGCCUGCAGUUCGGGGCCAGCCUGGCGGGUCUGGGCCAGCUGCAGUCGCCCGGGUCUGGGGUGGGGCUGCCCAGCGCUCCCUCCGAGCGCCGGCCCCCGCCGCCGGAUUUCACGGCACCGGCGCUCGGGGGCCAGCCCGGCUUCCCGUUCAGCGCGGCGAACCGGCAGGCCACGCCGCACAGCGGCCCAGGCGUGAGCUCGCCCCCGAGCGCGGGCGGGGGCGGCGGCAGCACGGGCGGCGGCGGCGGCGGCGGCGGCGGCGGCGGCGGCGGGGGCGCCUAUCCGCCGCAGCCUGAUUUCCAGCCCAGCCAGCGCGCCUCGGCCAGUAAGCUGGGCGCGCUGUCGCUGGGCUCCUUCAGCAAGCCCAGCUCCAAGGACAACCUGUUCGGCCAGAGCUGCCUGGCUGCACUCUCCACUGCCUGCCAGAACAUGAUCGCCAGCCUCGGGGCCCCCAACCUCAACGUGACCUUCAACAAGAAGACCCCGCCCGAGGGCAAGAGGAAACUGAGCCAGAACGAGGCCGACGGCGCGGCUGCGGCCGGCAACCCGGGCUCGGAGUACUUCCCCGGAGGGACUGCCCCUGGGGCCCCAGGGCCUGCAGGCCCGUCGGGGACUAGUACCAGCGGCUCCAAAGCCUCAGGGCCGCCCAACGCACCCGCCCAGGGGGAUGGCACCAGCCUCUCCCCAAACUACACCCUGGAGUCAACGGCCGGGAACGACGGCAAGCCGGUCCCCGGGGGCGGAGGUCGGGGACGCGGUCGGAGAAAAAGGGACAGUGGUCACGUGAGCCCCGGGACCUUCUUCGACAAAUACUCGGCAGCGCCAGACAGCGGGGGCGCGCCUGGGGUGAGCCCCGGGCAGCAGCAGGCGCCAGGCGCAGCCGUCGGGGCGAACCCCACCAGCGAGGCUCGCGGGGCUCCUACGCCCCACGACAAAGCGCUCACGUCGCCGUCGUGGGGGAAAGGGGCCGAGUUGCUCCUGGGGGACCAGCCGGACCUCAUGGCUUCCCUGGACGGCGGGGCCAAGUCGGACGGUAGUUCCCCACACGUGGGCGAGUUUGCCUCGGACGAGGUGAGCACCAGCUACGCCAACGAGGACGAGGUGUCAUCCAGCUCCGACAACCCCCCAGCCCUGGCCAAAGCGAGUAGGAGCCCCCUGGUGACAGGCUCGCCCAAACUCCCUCCGCGUGGGGUGGGCGCUGGGGAACACGGACCUAAGGCGCCCCCGCCCCCGCUCGGCCUGGGCAUCAUGUCUACCUCUACCUCCACCCCUGACAGCUACGGCGGCGGGGGCACGGGCCACCCUGGCACCCCGGGCCUGGAGCAGGUCCGGACCCCAACGAGCAGCAGCGGGGCACCACCCCCGGAUGAGAUCCACCCCCUGGAGAUCCUCCAGGCGCAGAUCCAGCUGCAGAGGCAGCAGUUCAGCAUCUCUGAGGACCAGCCCCUGGGGCUCAAGGGUGGCAAGAAGGGUGAGUGUGCCGUUGGGUCCUCGGGCACGCAGAAUGGCGACAGCGAGCUGGGCAGCUGCUGCUCCGAAGCUGUCAAGAGCGCCAUGAGCACCAUCGACCUGGACUCGCUGAUGGCGGAGCACAGCGCCACCUGGUACAUGCCCGCCGACAAGGCCUUGGUGGACGGCGCGGACGAUGACAAGACGCUGGCACCUUGGGAGAAGGCCAAACCCCAGAACCCCAACAGCAAAGAAGCCCACGACCUCCCUGCAAAUAAGGCCUCAGCAACCCAGCCGGGGAGCCACUUGCAGUGCCUGUCCGUCCACUGCACAGAUGACGUGGGCGAUGCCAAGGCCCGAGCCUCCGUACCCACCUGGCGGUCCCUGCACUCCGACAUUUCCAACAGAUUUGGGACAUUCGUGGCCGCCCUAACUUGAAUUGACAAGAAAUGCCCCUCCCCCAUCAGGCCCUUCUUUCUCCCCCACCCCCUACCCCGUGCUCCCAAACCCCUCCUCCUCCUCCCCCACCCUUAAUUUGAAAGGGCCACUAUUGCUGAGUGGAUGAUUUUUUUUUCUAGGUUGGUACCUGCUUAGUGGCAUAUGGACCGGAAAGGGUUAAUUUAAAGGGGAAGAAAAAAAACCUCAAAAAAUUUUUUUAAAAAAGAAAACUCGUCUGCCACAGUAUGUUACCAGUGUUAACCCUUCUGCAGUUAGCAAACUUUUGCUUCAGCCUUUUUCCUGCUAGAGAAUUCCCGUUUUUCUGUAAUCUUGGCAUACGUUUUUUUAGAUGACCUCUUUCCUUGUUUUAUUUUCAUGCUGCUGUAUGUCCAAGCAUUGUUAUUUCGUAAUAAGACAAGAGUUACUUUCUUUUUUAUUCUCUUUUAUUCUCAUUCCUCUCCCCCCUCCCACCCCCAGCCUUUUUUUUUUUUUUUUUUUCCUUUUUGCUUUGUUCACUGCUUAUUAAAAUGGAAAUCCUGGAGAAUAGUAGUUCUGGAAUAUUGCCGGGCAAAAGUCAAAUUGUCAUCACGAUAUUAUAUAUUGAUACCCAACUGUCAUCAGUCAGGCAGGAGCCAAACAAUUAAUACCCCCCUUAGGUAUUCCGCCUGGGAUUUUGUUUUGUCUGUUUCCUAAGAAAAUAGACAGAUAUAUAUUUUCGUUCCUACAAACACACGCUCAGCCUUCAGCUCCGUUCUGUCUUCUGCUGGAAGCUGUUCUCUCUGCAAUGGAGGCGAUGACGUGUCCAGCCUGCUCAGUGGGAAGGAGUCGGAAUGUUCGACAGUGGUGUUUUCUCUCCUUUUCUGGGCCUCUGUGCAAGCGCCCAGGCUCUGAAUUUUCACGCUAUGCUAAACAGCCCUGGUGUGCAUGGGGGAUGGUGCCCUUCCAGCUUGCAGUCUCUGGGGGCUCCUGGCUCCCACCCUGCUGCGGCCGGGCUGGCUGGGUCUUGGGUGCCCAAGUUGGGGGAGGAUCUGGUUCUCAGCCCUUGACCUUUGCCCACAGCCGGUCCCAGCCAGGCCUUGCGGGAGGAAGGAGGUGGAACUGUGGGCAUCUUCCCGACCACUCCCAUUCUGUCCCCGCUGCCCAUCUAUUCUCCCCCUCCAACCUGGGCAACCCCCCAUCCCUGGGAGGGACGAGGCUUUUGCCAAGCACUUUUCCAGGGGCUCAGGGAAGGAGCCCCCAGGCUCAGCCUGCCAAGCUCCCCUUCUCUGCACCUGGGUGUAUUUCUCUGCAGAGGUUGGCAGGCUCCUGGGGGCUAUGGGAAGGAAACAAGGAACAUAAUCAUUGACUUUGAUGCUUGGGCCUUUUUCUUUAACCCCAGAACACCCCCCCCACUUUUGAUUUAAUCUCACCCUCUUGCAAAACUAGAGCCAUGUGUCAUGCGCCUCACCAAGGAAUAAUCUCUUUGAGCAGAGAUGGGGGGCAGCCAGGUGAAUAGGCAGCAGCGAGCAGGGCACCUGGAGCCCCGUCGAGGACCCAGAGUGGCAGGUGUCAGAGGACCAGUGUUGGCGGGGCGGGCACCUUUGGGUGCUGUGCAUGCCUACAAAAGGCUCAUAUGACUCAGGGGGUUCGUGAGGGGCACACAGAUUCCAGGAUGGGUCAGACAAGAAGUGACUGAUAGCCCUUCACCCAAAUCAGUAACUCCCCCAUUUUCCUUCUAUUUUUGUUAAAGAGCAAGUCUUACUAAAUGCUCUAUUUUGAGCCUGGCGUCCCCUCCCCUCUGUCCCCAGGUACCCAGAGUUUCUGGCUUUUUUGAUUUUUUUUUAAGCAAGUGACUUUGGGUUCACCAUACAACACCCACAUUGUUUAUUUCAAAGAACUUUUCAGCGAAGGGGUAAGAGUCCAGAAAAAUCUCGCUCUUUCCCCUCCCUCUUCUUUCCCGCGGGGGCCCUUUUGGCUCAGGUCCGCGUCUGGAUGGUCCUUGCUGGGGCCAUCGGACAGGGGGCCCAGCCCCCCGGGGGCCCGCAGAAGGCAGGCAGAAGAGCAGGUGGUGUGAACUGAUCAGCAGUGGGAAGGUGUGAACUGACUCAGUCCCUGAGUUCUGCCACCAGAGGAAAGAGAAAGAGAAUGUCCCUCCUGCCAGGGGCCGCAGGAGAAAUCAGCCAUAGUCUGAGCAAAACUUCACGCCCCCUCCGAUUCUGCAAUGUACAGCUGUUUGAGAGCUUUAUCACUUUAUUUUUUAAACAGGAAUGAUUUCUCCUUCAUUGCUUAAGGCCGGGGAGCCAAGCGUCUUGACUUCUUUUGACUUUCCCUGCGUUGAGUUCAUUAGCACCUGGCCAUCAGCUCGUGGUCCUAGCAACGUCGGAAGCCCCUGAAGUUUUAAACUUUCUCGCUCCCCACGACCCCAGAAUGGAACAGCUUUAAAAAUAGCCUUAAGCAAAAGGAUGUUAUUUCAUUAAAUUUGGUUUAAUGGAAAGAAUAAAAGCAAAAUAAAAACACACCCAACCCACGAGACUCCAAACACUGGUAAUCGGUACUGCAUAGCAAACUUUUUUUGGGAAAGAAAACGAAAACGUUAUUGCACAUGUAAAAUAUAAAAUCUUAACUCUGCUGUGUGUUAGGCAAUCCUGUAAUCUUUUUUGACUCUUAAAAGAAAUUCAUUUCUGAAAUGCUUGGUUGGAAGACUGUGACAAUAGCUCAUGAAAUUGAGUGUUAUUUUUUUCUUUCUUUUUUUAAAAAAAUAUGUAAAGUGCAGUCUUCUGUAUUCAUGCAUAUUGUAUAUACCUGUAUAUGUUUUCCUGAGCAGCUAAAUAACAAUAAAUAUGACGUUAAUGGUGA